AUGGAAGCAAAAGCAAUUAAGAAGAGAAACCCACAUGUAAACAAUAUCAUUCUUAAAGUAAUUGAAUGUCUCAGAUGUGCAAGCCGUCCAUUAUUACUCUCAGAAAUUGAACAAAUAAUAAAAAUCCCAAUCAGCGCAAAAGAAGAUCUCUUAGACAUCAUUAAAGAUACAAGGAAAAUUUGCUAUGACCCUGUCCAGGAGCGAUUUUCUCUGAACAAGCUUUAUCCAAUUAAUGAUCGUUUUUCUCUUUUGGAUUUCCUUAAAUCAGGCCCUCAUGGGAUUCCGGAAAACCAAGAUUUGUUUGAUUGCUAUCGUGGAAUUGAAAAAGACAUUGCGACAUUAAAAGAACAAGGUCUUAUCAGAACUAUAUAUAACACUGACAAAGAUAAAAAAUUCAAUGUUCUUUUUUAUAAAAACCCUGAUGAUACAGUAGAAAUUAACAGCAAGCCAAUCGACCAAUUUGUGAAAGACCUUUGGAAAAAAUUACCAAAAAGAGACCCUGUGGAAAGACUUAAAAUUAUUGACGGGUGCAAUAAGAGGAGAAAAUUAUAA